GAGGCGCCGGGCGGCCAUAUUGCGGAGCUGUCUGCGGUGUCGGCGGCGCCUCUUCUCUCCAGCUGCCCGGCGCUCUCACCACCACCUCUCCCUCCCUGCCGCAGCCCCAACGCCUGGCGCCGCUGCGCAGCGCCCCAGCCAGUCGGCGCGCGGGCAGGAACCGCUCGCUCUCGGAAGGUGACAAUAGAAUUUAUAGAUGUGAAGAAUUUUUAAAGAAAGUAACAAAAAGAGAAAGAAAAUGCCGAAACCAAUCAAUGUAAGAGUAACUACAAUGGAUGCUGAGCUGGAAUUUGCCAUUCAGCCCAAUACAACUGGCAAACAGCUUUUUGACCAGGUGGUGAAAACAGUUGGUUUGCGUGAGGUCUGGUUUUUUGGGCUGCAGUAUGUAGACAGCAAAGGUUAUUCUACGUGGCUUAAACUAAAUAAAAAGGUGACACAGCAAGAUGUUAAAAAAGAGAAUCCUUUACAGUUCAAGUUUAGAGCUAAAUUCUUUCCUGAAGAUGUUUCUGAGGAAUUAAUUCAAGAAAUAACCCAGAGACUUUUCUUCUUGCAAGUUAAAGAAGCCAUAUUAAAUGAUGAGAUAUAUUGCCCACCAGAAACUGCAGUUCUUUUGGCCUCCUAUGCUGUCCAAGCCAAGUAUGGAGAUUAUAAUAAAGAGGUUCAUAAACCAGGCUACCUGGCUAAUGAUAGACUCCUACCCCAACGUGUUUUGGAACAACAUAAACUGACAAAAGAACAAUGGGAAGAAAGAAUACAGAACUGGCAUGAAGAACAUAGAGGAAUGCUAAGGGAAGAUUCAAUGAUGGAAUACUUGAAGAUUGCGCAAGAUCUAGAAAUGUACGGUGUCAACUAUUUUGAAAUAAAAAAUAAAAAGGGUACUGAAUUGUGGCUAGGCGUUGAUGCUUUGGGUCUGAAUAUUUAUGAGCAUGAUGACAAGUUAACACCUAAAAUUGGCUUUCCCUGGAGUGAAAUCAGAAAUAUUUCAUUUAAUGACAAAAAAUUUGUUAUAAAACCAAUCGACAAAAAGGCACCUGAUUUUGUUUUUUAUGCACCGCGUCUAAGAAUCAAUAAGCGGAUUUUGGCCUUAUGUAUGGGAAACCAUGAACUGUACAUGCGACGAAGAAAGCCUGAUACUAUUGAAGUACAACAGAUGAAAGCUCAGGCUAGGGAGGAGAAACAUCAGAAGCAGUUGGAAAGGGCACAGUUAGAGAAUGAAAAGAAGAAAAGAGAAAUAGCAGAAAAAGAAAAAGAAAGAAUAGAACGUGAAAAGGAAGAACUAAUGGAACGUCUAAGGCAAAUUGAAGAACAGACAUUGAAAGCCCAAAAAGAACUAGAAGAACAGACUCGGAAAGCUCUAGAACUGGAUCAGGAACGAAAACGAGCAAGAGAAGAAGCUGAACGGCUAGAAAAGGAGCGUCAAGCUGCUGAAGAGGCCAAGUCUGCUAUAGCAAAACAAGCUGCUGACCAGAUGAAGAAUCAGGAACAGCUAGCAGCAGAACUUGCCGAAUUUACUGCCAAGAUUGCCCUUCUAGAAGAAGCCAAAAAGAAAAAGGAAGAGGAAGCAACCGAGUGGCAACACAAAGCUUUUGCAGCCCAGGAAGACUUGGAAAAGACCAAAGAAGAGUUAAAAACUGUGAUGUCUGCUCCCCCUCCCCCUCCACCACCACCCGUCAUUCCUCCAACAGAAAAUGAACAUGAUGAACAUGAUGAGAACAAUGCUGAGGCUAGUGCCGAAUUAUCGAAUGAAGGGGUAAUGAACCAUAGAAGUGAGGAAGAACGUGUAACGGAAACACAGAAAAAUGAGCGCGUAAAGAAACAACUUCAGGCAUUGAGUUCAGAAUUAGCCCAAGCCAGAGAUGAAACCAAGAAAACACAAAAUGACGUUCUUCAUGCUGAGAAUGUUAAAGCAGGCCGUGAUAAAUACAAGACUCUUCGACAAAUUCGGCAAGGCAAUACAAAGCAGCGUAUUGAUGAGUUUGAAGCAAUGUGAGAGCUGUUAUUUUGCAUACAUGUUCUUCAUAAGCUGAACCACCAACAGAGAAAAGCAGGCCUUUGCAGAUGUGAUGGAAUGCAUCCCACCUUGCCAAAGCACUUAUACCAGUUUGACUGUGGUGGCUGAAAGACAAAUUUAAGGAGAGCUCUUCAACAUUAAGGCAGUGUGAUAUCAUGCUCGGUUUUCUUUUUUUGUUUGGGCCAGGGGAUGGAGAACCACGUUCCAUCAAUUCUUUUACAUUUUUCAGUUUUCAUUUUUCUUUUUCUGUUGAACAUUCAACACUAAUUAUCAUGACUGACAAAUGUGUAUGUAUGGCUUGAUCACUUUGUGCAUUUAAAAUAAUGGUGAACCUUUCAAUAAGUGUUUAGAUGGAGCACUCAGUUUUCCCUUGCCUUUUUUGUGUUUAACCUAUAUACAUUUCUUCAUUCUCUUACAUUUUCUCAGUGUGCCCUUCUCAUAUCCUGCCAUUCCCAUAGCCAUAAUUCUGCUAUCAUACAGGUCUUUGGUAGUGUUUAAAAUUAUGGCAGGGUGAAGAAGUGUUUGGUCACUGUGUAGAUGAUGACUACAAAUCAUGAAAAGGAUUAGUACAUUUAAUAGUAUAGUGUGUAGCUGAUGAUAAGGUUUUUAAAAUAAAGUCCCAAUUUAAUUGCAUUAUUGGAUAUUUGUUAUUUGCUUACUUAAUUACAGUCAUUUUUGACAGCUAAAUUGAUUGGUGUUUCAUCUCCUGUAAUUUUUGGUGGUCUUCUUUGCUAGUCACUUCACAGAGGUGUAGUUAGUUCCUAGGAGAGGUUAUUGAUGAAACACUACCUACAAAUAAGUUGUCUCAAAAACUUGAAAAGUUUUGUUCUUUCAUGAGUUGAUUUAGAAAAAAGGAUGUCUAAUAAAAGAAAGUAAACAUUUGUUGGUAAUUAAUUUUAAUCACUAAAAGGAAAAUGACCUUUCUGGAAGGGCAGUAUAUAAAAACAUCAGUCCCAGGAAGGGGACAGUAAUACUACCUCACUAUUACACCUACAAUGACUGGUUUCCAACACAUGAAAUGUGUAAGCUGUAUGUUUAUUAUACAUUAAGACAGUCUCAAUUAUGAAGGAAUAUUUUUGAGACUUCAUUUUCCUUUAGAAUAUGUGAAUGCUAAUUUUUUAACUGACUUUUUGUUAAGUUGAACUGUGGGCUCUGAUUUGUGUUAAAAUUGUAAGAUGUCACUGGUAUACUAUCUUCCUAGAGGGGUGUUAUGUCUGAGGAAAUGUGUGUCUUUGUGUGUGAGAGUAAGAGAUGUUACCUUUGUAGCAUAUAAAGAAUGUCUAUACCUUCAUUUCUUGAUAUGAUAGUUACAUGAUCAUUUUAGCAUUUUUGGUUUCUAAAUCACUGUGCUUAUUUUUUUAAUCUAUAACUUAAAAAUUAAAUUUGGUAAUCUUAUUUUAGAAAUUAUAAUAUUUAGGCUGUUAAUUUUAAUUAUCUUACUAAAUAAAUUUUCCCAGUUAGAGAUAUUCUAAUAUUUUCUUUAUUAUUAAAUGCCUGGAUUUGAAGAUAUGGAAAGCCUUGUUUUCUCUGUGUGGUUCAGCUACUUUGCAUUUGGUAUUGUGCACUCAAAUUUACAUUUAUUAAAAUUGCCAUUUUAUUAAACAUUUUUCAUGCACAGUAGAUUCAAGUUAUGUCUGAAAAUAUCUCUUGUGCUUUUUUAUUUUGCUAAUUUUAAAAGGAUUAAUCUGGGCAGACAUUAUGAAAAGGAAAGGUUUUGCUUAAUAUAUUUUGAACUUGUAGGACAAAAGAUAACUGGUUAACCUUGAAGUGACUGUUGUACAGUGGUGUGCACAUGCUUCAAAAUCCUAUGAAAGAGAAUGUUUCUACUUGGUACACUAGAGGAGUAAAUGGUAGACCCUACUGUUCAUGCUUUGAAAAAAUUUUUACUUUUCCAAAGCAUUAAAGGAAUUGCCAUAAUAGUAAAAACCUGGAUUUCCAUUAAUUUUUCUAAUUUUGAAUUGUGUGCACUAUCAUUGCUACAUCAGUUUGUUACAGUGUUGAAAAAUUACCAGUUACAUUUGCUGUUUAUAAUCUAUUUGUAGAUUAGGAUUAAAAUGGAUUUAAUCCAUUUUUAAAGCUGUGUGGAUUUUUUAAAACAGGAACAGCCAUUUGCAAUAUGGAUUUUCAUAGUGAUUAAACCAAUAUAACUUAUCAUUAGCAGUUGAGCACAUGUUCAUAUAGUAAUGUAAAAUACACUAAUGAGUAUUUGGUAAAUUCCAAUAGGCUUUUACCAUUAGUAUAUUUUUGUGUUGUACAACUAAGUUACAUCUCUAAUUUUGGAUAAUAUUCAUUGGUUAACAAUAAAGUAACAAAAGCUCAUGA